AUGGCAGCGAAUACGGCAAAGAAGAACGAGGACGUUGGCAAUAAGGUUGUUGGUGCGUUAGAUGCACUUACCUUGACGUCGGGACGAGAUGAGGGAGCAGGCAUGGACGUUGAUGUUGACAUGCAGGAGACUGUUGGCUCUGACUUUAUGGAUGCCCAUGCAGCCAGAGGAAAGAUGAAGGAGUAUUCGAUGCAACUGGCGACGUUGACGAGACAGAAGAUGCAGUUAGCCGCGCGCAUCCAAGGGUUGAGCCAAGAGGAGGGCGACCAGGAGCGACCAAAGUUGGCGGAACUAACACGUCAGAUCGCUGAGGCCAAGACCGCGAUGAACGAGUGGAAUGUCAUGCUGGAUGACCUAGAGAGUGCUGAGAGGUCCAUGGGGAGGACGGCAUUCUCUAGUGUUGUGACCAGAGAGGAGAAUGAGGAGUUGGGGGUUAAGAAGGGUGGAAAGAUUGACGAGAUCAAGUUGUCGAAUGAGUUUCCGCGUUACCAUCGGUUGGUCGAGGCUCAUCUGCUUCCUGUUCUUGACAUCAAGAUCCACGGUCCCUUGAUUACCAACGUCCGAGAGUUCCUGUACGAAUUCCAUAGAAUAGGAGUAACAAAGUUCACGACGGGCGGGUUCGAUGAGAGAUGUUCAAGGUUGUUGUGCUUGGCGAAUAUGGAUCGCAAAGCGUCUGAUGCCAUGAAUGCAGUCUUGAGUCGUGACCCUGAAGGAAAGUGGCCGUGGGCGAGAUGCGAGAAAGUGUUUGUGGAGAGUGCUAUGACGCAGACUGAGAGAACAGAUGAGGUUGAGAAGGUGAUCAAGAUGGGAUUAGAACGAGGUGAAUCGUACAAGCAGUACUACCAUCGGAUGAAGAGGUUGAUGGAUGUGUACCAAGUCAAGGACUUACCCAAGUUCGCUGAUUUGUUAUUCUUGCUGCAGAGAGCGGUCGACCCGAGCGUUCUUACGAUGAUCUUGUUGCAGAAGCGCAUUGCAGUCCUUGAGGGGAUGCUGGGUGUGGCACCUGAUGAAACAACCUUCGAGUCUUAUAUGGACAGUUUGCAGCAUAUGCAGGGACCCGCAGACAGUGAUGAGUGGGCACCGGUUAUUUUGGAGAGGAGACGAUUGACCGGGGCUGCAGAUAACGAAGCAGCGAGACAGGCCCAGAGUUUAAAGGAUAAGCUCAUCAACCAGCAGAAGAGGGCAGCGGCAGCAGCAACGCUUGCGACGACAAGUGGAACGCGUGUCGGGGGGACUACUGGUGGUAGCAUCAACCAAGUUCCUACAGCGGGUGACAGUUCGGUCCAGAAGGGGAAUGCUGGAUUCGGCGGUCAACGUGGCGCCUUCGGUAAUGGUAGUGGUUCUGGUGCGCCUAGAGGUCGAGGAGGUAGUCAUGGUCGUGGAGGUUACAAGAGGAACUUCAACCGUGGACACCAUCCUUAUCCUGGCAGAGGAAACAGCAAUGGUGGAAACAAGCAGUGA